AGCCAGAAGAAGUAUCACAAAGUUUAUGAUGGUGUUACACAAUCGUCACAGGCAUUAGAUAGCGUUGUGUUUGCAAUUACCCCUGGGAGGUUUGUUUCAAGGUGAUUAGGCUGUAUUUGAGAUUGGAUUCAGGAUGGUAGUGAGACAUUGUCAUCAUUAUCCAGGAGAGGAAAGCAGUUGUCCUAGUGGAGUAUCCUGAGGUAGGUAAAGUAAUAGCUGGUGUUCCACUAGCAGCAAUGAAGCGUCAGAGAUCACUGGGAGACAUGGAGCUUCUGGGAAGCAACACAGAGGACAAUACAGACAACAGCGAGCAGGAUGAAUCCUCGUCUCUGAGGUCGUCUUGGUCCUUGGCGGACACCAUGAACUACGUGGGACAGCUGGCAGGUCAAGUGCUGGUAACCGUCAAAGAACUGUAUAAGGGCAUAAAUCAAGCCACAUUAUCCGGCUGCAUUGACGUUGUGGUUGUCCGCCAGAGAGAUGGCACCUACCAGUGCUCACCAUUCCAUGUACGCUUUGGCAAACUGGGAGUAUUGCGGUCAAAAGAGAAAGUGAUUGACAUUGAAGUCAAUGGAGAACCAGUUGACCUGCACAUGAAGCUUGGUGACAAUGGCGAGGCCUUUUUUGUCCAGGAGGCUGAGCAGCAGAAUCAGAUUGUCCCAGCCCAUCUAGCCACCUCCCCAAUCCCCACCGAGAGUCACCUUUUCUGGAUCUCAGAGGUGGAGCACAGAUCGCCUAAAGAUCUGGAAGAUGACCCUGCCGACCCAGAGGACCCACCUGAGCCUCCGACUCCGAGCACGGUGACCACGAAAAAGAAGAAGAGACGAAGGAAGAAGCACAAAGGAGACCCCCGUAGAGAGGAGCUGACUCCGCCCAUGUCAGUCACUACUUCUAUUGCUAUUGCUGCUAACAUGCCUGCUGCUACGUCUGCUGCUAUGUCCAGCACUGGGCAAAAUGAAGAGAUCUUUGAAAUGGACCUGAGCUCUGAUGAAGAGACUGCAGCACAUGUCUCAAGGUCACCCUCAGUCACCACAAUGAGAGACAUUGACCCCAAAUUACCUGCAGCGAGACACAACCUCGAUGGCUAUCCAAUGUCUGAUGGGGACUGGCCCGCUGAUGACAGUCAUGGCUUAUCUCAGGCCUUUUCCCCAAAGAGUGACUCUGAACUGGUGGUCAGGCCCUCAGAGAGUUUGCUCAGAGCUGAGUCUCACAUGCAGUGGACUUGGGGGGAGUUUCCAGAAACAACCAGGGUGACCAAAAAAGAGAAAGCUGACCUUCUAAAAACAGUAACCAUUACUCCAUCAGAGAGCACCCACUUCCGUGUCAUCCUCAGUUCUGAGGCCAUGGAGAAUGAGACAGGGCUUCAAAAGUCAGACGUUGGCUCUUCAGUGUGUACCAUCGUCAAGCCAGAGCCACGCACCCCCAUCACCACUGUAACUCCUGUCAGUUCUUUAGAUUCCAUAAACACCAUCACUUCAGUGAGUCCUAUAACCCCUGCAGAGCCCCUGGAUGUUCUCUCACCCAGUUUAGCAACUUCCACGCCUUCCAACACCCAACCAAGUGACUCACCCUCUAAGAAAAAAGGUGUCCCAAAGAGGAGCCAGCACCAGGGUCCUGAGGAUAUCUACCUAGAUGACCUGAAUGUACUUGAACCUGAUGUUGCUGCACGAUAUUUUCCUAAGAGUGAAUCUGAGGCGGCCACUAAGCACUGGAUGGACUCAGAGAUGCAUUCUGGUUCACAGUCUCCACAGUCAGUGGGCAGCGCGGCAGCUGACAGUGGGACAGAGUGUCUGUCUGACUCAGCCGGUGACCUCCCUGACGUCACUCUAUCACUGUGUGGAGGACUCACUGAGAAUGCUGAAAUAUCCAAAGAAAGGUUCAUGGAGCAUAUCAUUACCUAUCAUGAAUUUGCUGAAAACCCAGCAAUUAUAGAUAACCCCAACCUGGUAGUGAAAAUAGGAAAUAGAUAUUAUAACUGGACACUAGCUGCACCCUUGAUUUUAAGUCUACAAGCAUUUCAGAAGAAUUUACCAAAGGCUACAGAGGAGGCCUGGGUGAAAGAGAAAAUGCCAAAGAAGUCUGGUCGCUGGUGGUUCUGGCGAAAACGGGCAGAUAGUACAAUCAAGCAGUCAGAGGCAAAGCUUGAAACAAAGGAGGAGUCUCACUUAGAAGAAGGUCCCUCUAUAUCUCAGGAGAAAUUGCCUUUACCGCCUAAACCAGGAGACUCCUCCAGUGAUGAAGAAGCUAAGGAAGUGAGUGCUGUGUCCUGUCAAGAAAGACUGCAGCCAGUAGAUGCUCAGCACCAUUCCAGCCCACACACUUACAGGAAGUCACUCCGCCUCUCUUCUGAUCAGAUAGCCAGUCUGAAACUGAAGGAAGGACCUAAUGACGUGACGUUCAGUAUCACCACCCAAUACCAGGGCACAUGUCGCUGUGAGGGCACCAUCUACCUGUGGAACUGGGAUGACAAAGUCAUUAUCUCCGACAUUGAUGGCACCAUCACCAAGUCCGACGUGUUUGGACAAAUCCUGCCACAGUUGGGGAAGGACUGGACCCACCAGGGAAUUGCCAAGCUUUACCACUCAGUCGCUGAGAACGGCUACAAAUUCUUGUACUGCUCAGCGCGGGCCAUUGGCAUGGCAGACAUGACACGUGGAUACCUGCAGUGGGUCAAUGACGGCGGCAUCAUCCUGCCCCGGGGGCCUCUCAUGCUGUCUCCCAGCAGUCUAUUCUCUGCUUUUCACAGGGAGGUCAUUGAGAAGAAACCAGAAAUCUUCAAGAUCGAAUGCCUUACGGACAUCAAGAACCUGUUCCAGCAUAACAAGCAGCCAUUCUACGCCGCCUUCGGGAAUAGAACUAAUGAUGUGUUUGCCUAUAAGGAGGUGGGAGUACCAGAGUGCAGGAUCUUCACCGUCAACCCCAAAGGAGAGCUGAUCCAGGAGCAGACUAAGGGAAACAAAUCCUCUUACGGCCGGCUCAGUGAGCUGGUGGAGCACGUGUUCCCUCUGCUGAGCAAAGAGCAGAACGAGGCCUUCGUCAUGCCGGAGUUCAGCUCCUUCUGCUACUGGAGACAGCCCAUCCCAGACAUCAACCCCGACGAGCUGCUCUGAACCAACACAUACUGUACGUGGGACAUCCAGACGUUCACCUACAUUCACCUUGGGACCACACAUUUAAACGCAGCUUCAAGAGACAAAUAGACCAGAACUGCAACUUCCUUCCAUUACACCCCUAAAUGACACACAGACACGGACCACAAAGACAGCGACGUAGCAACAGAGUUAGUGUAAAACUGUAAUUCCCUGUUAGAGAAUGCUAAUCAUCUGAAAAAUCUCAUUAGCAACAAAUAAGGCUGAACUAAAUUAUCAUAUUUCCUGUUGCGUGUGAAGGCAUCCUGCCCGGCAAGCCCGGGGUUAGGGUUACGUCAUUGUAAAGAUUUAUCUCAUUUUUCUCCAACUACGUCUGCAUUUGACAUCAGAGGAGCAACUGAAGCCCAGUAUGAGGUGGACUGUCUGUUCUUUCCCAUAAUGCACUUAACACAGAGCAGAUGGUAUAGAUGUCUUUUUCAUUAGUCAUAUUUUUUUUCAUAUUUUCUGAAUAAUCCUAUAGGUUAAAUGAGAAGUUUAAGAAAAAGAGAAGGCACACGAACAUUUAUCGAGUGCUCAUAUGAUUUUGCUGCUAAGUUUAUGUAGUUGAGAGUAGUCAUCCAUCAAUCGGAGGCUUUAUUCUGUCGUAAUGUACUGAAGUCAUACUUGGUAAUUGGCUGGUGACUCUACAGUAGUACGUCUGCGCACACUGACACUGUGGGGACAGUUUGUGUUUGUCCCUGACCCUUCAGACUCUGGACUGACCACUGACCUGUUCAUCCACGGCCGACGGAGGCACGGCCAUUUUUUUUUUUUUUCCUCCAUAGAAGUUAAGUUGUUUGUUAUUGUUAAUGUCAAAAAAGUCACACCUUGGCUAUUCUUUUACCAACAAGUAUGUGAAGUUAGGUGUGAGUUUAAGACAAAAAUGAAGCAGCUUCAAGGUAUAUUAUCUUGCUGUUAUUUUAAUGUUUAUUCAGUUCUACAAGCUAUGGCGAAUCGGACGUGUUUUGUUUAACAAUGCAGUCAUUAUUUAUGAUAAUUGAUAUGUUUUAAGUUAUUGAUUUCUAUCAUGUUGCCUUAGCUUGUCUGAAAAGUAAUUUAUCACCAAUGCAACGGCAGAAUAUUUCAAUGAAUAUGUUGUAUGUUUGGUCACAGGUUAACAUGCACUUAACAGUAAGUAGGCUAGGCCUCAUCUGUCCUUCUGUUCAACUUGUAUCGAUAUUUCCCUCAUCUGAAUUUCUCGUUUUACAGUGAAACUUAAAAUAUUUAAGGUACACACACGACUCAACAAACCUCAAGAAGAGUCCACAGCUUUAGUAUUAAAAUAUGUGUCUAAAGGGAAAAAGUGUAAAAGGUAACGCUUGAGUUGGGACAGUGGGAAUAAGCAGAUCUGAGAAGAGCUUAGAGGAAAGGAUUUCUGUUUUUGAGACUACGGGAUGAUGUAAGCGUGUUGUAUGUGUGUGUGAGCGUGUGCAUACCUAAUCACUGAGCGCUGCUGCCGGGGUGACGGAAUCACGCACCCUCUGCUUGUGUCGAACUUCCAUCAGUGGCUUUACCGAGACUGAUCCAACGCACUUUUGACUAAGCUGCACCCAGAGACGCAGACUUCUGAGUCUGCACACCUCUCACCCACAUGCACUUCACUUCAGGUCUUUAAAGUAGGUCAGAGUGUGCAACUAGUGCAGGAGAAGAGUUCUAGUUUUACCUCUUUGUUGUACGAGUGACCACUUCCAACAGAGACGCGGGAGAUCCACUCUGUUAAUAAUGACAAUGAUUCGAAGGCGGUUUGUGUUUGUUGGUUCCAUUGGAAAAAAGUGGGACUUAAAAAUUAAAGAAUUCAAACAUGAAGGUUUUGUAAGCGCUACCACUUAGCAUCUAAAUGUGUGUGCAUGUAAGGAGAAAAAAAAAUAGACCCCCAUGCCUCUGGUGACCAGAGAAAGAGCCACUGGGUUUUGUUUAGAAAUAAACAGGAAAUACUUGACUGUGUACAGGAAGCUUUUUGAAGUGCUUUAAUGCCAUUAUGCGUGUAUGUUUUAGGACUCCACCAAUGGGGAUCAUACCUCUAGCAUGUGUGCAAGAAAAACAUGAAAAUGAUGUGCUUGUGAGGGACUGAAAAAAAAAACAAAAAAAAAACAAAAGAAAGGAGCACGAGCGAGACUUAAAACGACAAAACCAUUUAAUGAAGAAGCACAAUUUACGAUGACAGCUACAUCCAGAUGGCCACUAUUAGCCAACAUGAUUUCGCUUUAGUGUUUCCACAUUUCUUUCUGUAACUCGGAUAUUUUUGUGAUGCUUAAGAUGUGUGUUUCGCUUUGAUUUGUUUGCUUGUUCUAUAUGAAGUUUAGUGAAGUCAAAUAGAUUUAUCUUACGAUUAACAAAGGAAUUCCAUUCUUUCUAUGAAAGUAAAGCAUUUUGUGUGGAGACAUCACACUUCAUGUUCUAUAAUCCUGGGAUACACGGUAUAUAAUAUCACUUGUUCUCACUCAACUGCUGUGCAAAAGGAUACAGUAUACUGUAUAUGCUGAUUUUCACAUUCUCUUCGAUGCCUUUGUUUAAUUUGUUCUUGUAUGAUCUUUUGUGUUUCAUUCUGUUAGGAGGUAAUGCUUGCUAUUUGAUUGUGUCUGACCAACAGAAAUACUUUAAGUGUAUGCUGUGUGUUGAUUUGUAUAAAAAUGUGGUUUAAAGUAUGUUUAAAGAACAAAACCCAUUGUAAGAAGAAAAGAAAUGGCCUAAUGAAGCUAACAGAGUGUGGCUUGUGGUCAUAUUUGUAUUAAAUAAAGUUUCUAACUGAA